AAGGAGGGAAAAAUCUUCCUUUUUCGAAAAGGAAUUACACAUGGAUGCCCCUUAUACGUUGUUGCCAGAUUCUGGAUUUUAGCCCUUGGGCUUCCAAGAAAGGAUCAAAAUCACUGUGUACAGUGAGUCCCAAGUCUGAACACACUCUCCAAUUCCUCCAUUCUUUCCUUUUAUUAAUGUGUAGUGUGGGUUUUCAGUGCCGUGAUAAGAGGAUAGCCAGAUUCAGCAGAUAAAAAUAUAGGACGCCCAGUUAAAAUUGAAGUUCAGAUAACGAGGUUUUUUAGUACAGAGAAUACUAAACAAUAUUCGUUUAUAUGAAAUUCGAACUGGACGUCCUGUAUUUUAUCAGACAACCCCUGCUUACUUUUUCUUUAAAAUGAUUUUAACUUACUACAAAAAUCCCUAAAUGGGAGCAAAAAAGUAACAUUCCUGGCCCGGCAGCAGUUGAGGCUCCCGGCAGUCAACCUUCUCCCAAACUUGGCCUUUAAGGAAAAAAAAGGCAACCCACUAAUCCCGGGAGCCUGCGCAUUAAAAGGAGCCGUGCAGCGGCUUUCCCGCCGGUUUUCUAAGGAAUGUAGCACGGUGGCCACGCCGCGGGGUGGAGCGCGAAUGGCUGUGUCCUUGCGGGAUAGAAAAGGAGGUGCCGGAAACUUUAAACCCCAGACAGAGUACAACGUGUCAACUUAGACGGUGGUAAGUGCCGCCAUUUUCUUUGCGGGCCGACACCGGGCGAAGUUAGGUGCUCCACUUUGCCCCGUUCAGCGGAUUGGGGGGCAUGGCUAGGGUCCUCAGCACUUUGGUGACGUGGAAUCGGGUCCCCCCUUUGGGGGCUGAUGUCUAGUGACACGUCGAAGCUUGCCAAGGCGGGGAAAGCGGACACCGCCGUGUCCCGGAUGUAAGAUGGCGGCGCGGGUGGGGGCAGCCUGGCGGGGCGGUCACGUGUUGGGGAGUAGCGCGCGAGCCUCCUUAAGUGAUCUCUAUGGUUCGUCCCGGCGCACAGGAGCGGCGGAGCGCGAGAAGGGUCGUGUGUCUGCGCGCGCUGAGCCGCCGCUGCCACGCAACCCGCCUCGGCCCGGUUUUAGUUUUUCGGGGUUUUUGUUUUUUUCUCGCCUCCUGCUAAGGUGUACCGGAUUACCGUGGAGGGUCCUGGGGAGUGUGUGGCUGGGGACUUCCGGGCCGUGCCUUCGUUCGUUACCGCGGCGCCGGAGCGGGUGUCCGCCUCUGCGGGAAGCGCCCCGGGCGUUCACCCGUGCGAAGAGCGGACCUGGCGGCGGAUGUUGGGAGCGUGGCGCCGGUGGCGGCCCGGCCGCCGCCCAGGCCCUUCCGCGGGCUCAGGGCGGGGAGGGGCGCGAGCGGCGCGCCCAGAGACGUGGCGGGAGCUCGGCGGGGACGGCCCGGAUCUUCUGGCGUGCGAAGCGCGGGAGCGCUGCUCGCGGCUUCUCGGGGACCGUGCGGAGCCAGUUGGCGUGUGGCUGCGCGUUUGCCGCCCAUUUCCUGCUUUUGAGUGGCUCAGGGGACGAGCUCCCCUUGGGGCAGGGGAAGGAGCGUCAGCCUCCGCCACGACGUCUCCGCACCGUUUCUCUUUCCAGAGAGGUCGGUUACGCAGAGAACGCCUGGUCGGGCCUGCCCGCGGCGCCGCCUAAGAUCCCCCGGGCUCUCGGGGCGCGCCCGGUGCGGCUGAGCUGCGCGGCGCUGGGCGGGGUCUCCGGGCGGGCGUGGGGCGGCGGGGAAGGGCAGAGGCGCCAGGCAGAUUUCGGCGGCGGAGGAAGGACGGAGGAGCGCCGGAGCCGCUUCACUCGCCCUCAGCGUGGUCCGGUGCCUCCCCGACACCAUGGCCCUGGCUGAGGUAGUAGUUUGUGCUGUUGGUCGGGUUGUGACAUUGCCCGCUGUGGAGAUAACUGCGCAAGCUACUGCCUUGCUAGUGCUGGUGAUGCUCAGCGGAGGACAAUGGCUGGGAAUCCCCUUUGUUUUCCGGAGCUCGGAGCGCGGGGACAGCCUGCGGAGCCCCGGCCGGCGCGGCCACCGCGGAAACCGUUAGUUUUACAUAUUCCUAGAGGGAAGAAGGAAUUACGGGGAGAAGGGUGGACUGGGACAUUUUUAAAGCUGGGGGGAAAGAGCUAAGCUUUUCAGUUCGCUUUUUACUCUUGAAGGAAGGAGUGAAAUUGUGUAAGAUGAUGACAACUUUUCCACCCUCAAUAAUUUUAACACUUCUUUCAGGUGAUGCAGGAUUUAGUUUGCACCUAUUUUACUUCGUGCUUUAGCUGCAGAUCGGAGUAGAGUGAACUAUCCUGUCGUGCAGAACUGGCUUUGGAGGCAGAAUAGUAGACCCAUUAAUUAUAAAGUUUAUGCCUUAAAACAUUUGAAAUCUGGCGUUUUGAUAUGUUCCCUCGGUAAAUUUAAGAGUUUUAAAACUGUAAACCUAAAGCAAUUAAACGUUUCCAUUUAAACUUUGUUUGCAACUCCUCGAAUGAGAAGGUUGAAUGUACAGUUAAAUGCACUGUUGAGAUUUUUUUAAUGAGGCAAAUAAAUUCUUUCUGCAGUGUGGAGUGUUUUUUUUUCU